UGAAUUCAGCUGCGGUCGGGCAAGGUUCGUUGCCCCAUGACAAUUGAAGCUAUAUUCUCUUACUGAGAAUCUGCGCUCCACGGGACUAGGAGACAUAAUGUAUGGAUUAAACGCAAACUGGGAGACGGUGUAGAGGAUUUUACAUCACCGUUUUUUAUUUUAACCCAAUUUGCUGCAUGCGGCUCUGUGUGGAUACCCAACGUACCGACGGACGAGGACAGAGUACUGCAUUUUAUCAUUGAAGUAAAAAGGCGACAGGAUAAGGGCAGGAAAAAUUCUGCUACAACUGCAGCACAAUCACUGUUGGUCGAGCAAGUCAGUAGAAUCCAAGUGCAGCGAAAUUGGAUUUUAACUUGAGUGUUGCGAGGAGAAUGCUAAUCCACGCCACGCCACUGAGCUUGCGCUGAUUCAAAACCAUUUCGUUCCCUGCCGCAGAAGCUGCGAGGGUGACCAUUAAGCAGGACCGCACCAUGGGAUUGUGCCUCUGACUUAGGUGGGCCAGUCAUACUAGGGUUUUCCACGGGUAUCAAGCCCUUUUUCUGUUUUGUUUUUUCUACAGAGCCGCAUUUAAAUCAAAUUGUAAGAAACGUGCUUACUUUACUGUUUUCUGACGGAAACCAAUGUUUUCAAGUAGUUAACAGCGGUUGGUGUGCCGUAAACAUUCUCUUAUUUUGAUAUUUUUGAGUAAUCAACUCAUACAAAAUGGGAAACAGUUUUUCCAAUAUAUCAGCAUUUCAGUCCCUUCAUAUUGUCAUGUUGGGUUUGGACUCUGCUGGAAAAACGACUGUUCUUUAUCGGCUGAAAUUCAACGAGUUUGUCAACACAGUGCCCACCAUUGGAUUCAACACGGAGAAGAUCAAACUGAGCAACGGUACAGCUAAGGGCAUCAGCUGUCACUUCUGGGAUGUAGGGGGCCAGGAGAAACUGCGGCCUUUAUGGAAGUCCUAUAGCCGGUGCACGGACGGUAUCAUUUACGUGGUGGACUCUGUGGAUGUGGACAGGCUAGAGGAGGCCAAAACGGAACUGCACAAAGUCACUAAAUUUGCCGAGAACCAGGGGACUCCGUUGUUGGUGAUCGCCAACAAGCAGGACUUGCCCAAGUCCCUUCCAGUUGCUGACAUUGAAAAACAGCUGGCACUCCAUGAGCUCACCCCAUCCACCACCUACCACGUGCAGCCCGCCUGCGCCAUAAUUGGAGAAGGACUACAUGAGGGCAUGGACAAACUGUACGAAAUGAUCGUUAAACGGAGAAAAUCGUUGAAACAAAAGAAGAAACGAUAGCGACACAACCUGAGUGUGUUUUUCUUUCUGCAAAAGUAGCUGUAUCUAGCCCAGUGCUGUUGGUUGAUGCCACUGUUGCCCCCCUUAAUGAAAUGUUUACUUUGCUGUGAUUCAUUUUCCUUGAUUUGGGCUGAUGGCACAGUCACUGCUGCUAGGAAACCCCUUGUUGAGUAGCCUACGUUGCACGCAAGAGGAUACUCUUAGGGUGCUGGAUGUUUAUGUCGAAGUUAACCAAAAAAUAAAUAAAACAACAACCUUGCAUUGACUAAAGACUAACACAAAAGAAAACUGGCUGGUUCCAGUUUGUUGCUGCUUCAACCUGGAUUCUAAAUGUAGCUCAACGAUUUAUUAAGGAGUUCAUUAAAAAGCACUGUGAUGUUAACGGGACAUUCCUUACGUUGCUGUUCCUCACUGAAUUUAAACGGAAUGCU